AAUCUUCACUUUUUUGGUGGGAACUACGGGGUACAAAAUGCUGUGGAGUACCAGGAACAAGUCUCUAGAGGCAUGAGAGAGUGUGUACCACUUGUAGCAGACAGACUCCCUGCUGAAGGACAUGAGAAAACAGGAGAUACUCAACUGGGGAAACAGGAGAUACUUAACUGGGGAAAACAGGAGAUACUUAACUGGGGGGAACAGGAGAUACUUAACUGUCCAGUGCAGGGAUGGCUGUGGAAUGGGGACAAGGCUAUGAGACCCCCUCUGUCUCUGAGCUACAAGACUUCCUGUUGGCCAACCGCAUCCCUACAGGACACGUCAACCAGGUGUGGCCCAACCUCUACAUUGGCAACGAGGUGGCAGCUCGAGACAAACCGCUGCUGUACCACAUGGGCAUCACACACAUCGUCAAUGCAGCCAGCGGGCCCCCACACGUCAACACUGGACCCCGUUUCUAUAGAGAUAUGAACAUCGACUAUUAUGGGGUGGAGGCAGAUGACUCGAUGGAUUUCAUCAUAGCGCCGUACUUCUACUCAACCGCUCGCUUCAUCAGAGCAGCACUGGGCAGAGGAGGGAAAGUGUUUGUGCACUGCCUGAUGGGUGUGAGUCGUUCGUCCACGCUGGUGUUGGCAUUUCUGAUGAUCUGUGAGGAUCUGACCCUGCGAGAGGCGGCUCGGACCGUGCGACAGCACCGAGACAUCUGCCCCAACCCCGGCUUCCUCCACCAGCUACGCCACCUGGACACCAGCCUGCAGCGCCAGCGCAAUGCAAGCAAGGCCCUCCAGCCCCAGACGCUCCGCUGAAACUGCCCAGUCAAUUUGGACUGAAGUUGAAAUAAAUAUGUUUAGCCACUACUAGACACAAGCA